AUGGGGAACAAGUUAUCCAGCACGGCGAAGAGGAAGAAGGAAGGGGCGAUGAUCGCGGAGGCUGCGGCGGAUAUGGAGAGAUUGAAGCUUGGGCCGACCAAGAUAUGGACGGGAUUGGUGUUGCAUUACAAGGAUAUUUUUGUAUCGCAUGUGCUUCCGAAAUUGAAUACGACAGAUCGGUGGUUCUUUGCAAAAGCGAAUACAGAGAGUCGGGGUGUGCUUGAGUAUGCCGGGGUAGACGUAUCGGAACUAUAUGCGUAUAUUGACGAAUGCUCAUCCAUUUCGACGUUAGAAUGGGCGUGGAAUGACAUGCUCUGGGGAAAGAAAGAUUAUUUAGGAAACGUGAUGGAUCAAGCCUGGUUUUGCGCGGGAGUUGCUGAAACGAACAAACUCGAGUUGCUCAAGUGGGCGAGAGAAGUGAAACAUUGCGAGUGGGAUAAAUGGGCGAUUAAUGCGGCAGCAUUUAAAGGUAAUCUCGAGAUGCUGAAGUACUGCUUCUCUAAUGGUUGCCCGUGUGAUGAAGAAAAGUCGUGUAAAGAAGCUGCUAUUGGAGGACACCUCGACUGUCUUCGAUUUCUUUUCGCCAAAGUGAAACCUUCGCGAGAUACGGAAGAAUUUGCGGCACAAAAGGCGGCAGCAUAUGGUCGCAUAAACAUCUUGAAAUAUUUUGUUGAAGAAAGAAAGAUAUCUGAUGAGGUUAAGAGUGACUGCGUGUUCAACGCUACAGGGUAUGGCCGACUCGAUUGCCUUCAAUACUUAGUCGAAGAGGCGAAAGCGCCUCUGAACGACUGGCAACACGUCGCUUACGCUCGUUACAAAGAGCACCACGACUGCGUAAACUACUUGCUCGAAAAAGAAUGCCCAGAACCAACAGACGAGCAAUACGCUAAAUUUGUCGAGGAUCGGAAAGCAGAUUAG